AAGCAGGAAGUGGUAAUGUUUGUGUUGGGCGGAGUGUGACCAGAAAGCUGACCAGAAGUAGGAGCGAAACUAAGCGAAUUACUGAUUUAUUUUUUAUCUUUAUAUUCGUGGAGAUUUUAAAUAAGAUCCACGGCAAAUGUAAUUCAGGUGCAAGAUUUAAAAUCUGCUGACAUUUCAGAGAGACUUGUUUUCUUGUCAUUCUGGAGAUAACGGGGUUUAUGAAGGAGCACGUUUUUCGGUCACUCCCCGUCUUGUCAUGUGAAUUACUUUACUGCUUAAGCGCCGUGUUUUUUCUAUGACACACACAGCCACGAUAAUAAUGAACAGGAUAAUGGUGCGUUUUAAGCUAGCUGGUUGAUUAUAUCUAAUCGUAUUUUGGAGUUUGUUUGCUUUACCUGCUUAAGCCCAAUCCUUACAGUCUUGUGUACCGUUGGACGGCAGGGAGACCGAUUCAGGGGGAUUUUACGAUGUUUGGCAUGAAAAAUAAACGUCCUGCGCCUCCUAAAGGCCAGGGAGCUGCUGCUGCCAAACAGAUGGGUUUAUUUCUCGACUUUAACCCCGAGGACAUGAUGGACAUGAGUGAGAAUGUGGAUGAUCCAGAUCUGGAGGCCGAAUUUGCCGCCAUUGUGGGGAAAAAAACAACUACUGCUGCUGCUAAAGCCAAGAAAAACACCAAAGCUCCGUUACCAAUGGAGGAUAUCGAAAAGAUGACAGAGGAGUGCAUGAAAGACCUCGACAAUGAUGAUGACGAUGAUGACCUCGAGGAUGAUGAAGAUCUCCUGGCGGAGCUACAGGAAGUGGUGGGUGAAGAGGAACCAGAUUCCGGGGCAGAGACUGCCACCUCACCUGGCACAGAGGAAACUGGGGCAGUGGAGCCAGAACCAAGGACGUCAUCCACCACCACCAGCCCGGCAGCAGCAGUAAGUGGUAGUGUUGAACACACGCUUCAGGAGAGAAUCGUCAUGUACAAUACGGCUAUAAACAACGCUAAAGCUGCAGGAGAGUCGGCUAAAGCUCGCCGCUACGACAGAGGACUCAAGACCCUACAGAGCAUGCUAGCAUCCGUGCGUAAAGGAGGUAAGAUAAAGGAAGCAGAGAUCCCGCCUCCAGUGGCGUCUGGAAACCCUGUUCCUCCCUCGGCUCCUCCCACAUCUGCACCGUCUCCACCUGAGCAUCAAGAAGAAUCAGACAGUGCCGUGGAGACCACACCCGUGUCCCCAGAGAACAUUGCGGUUCCUCUGCUUCCGGAAGUGAAAGUGUCCUUAGCAGAGACCUCACCCGUUUCCAUGGAGACCGCUGCUGUUUCUGCAACAAGCCGUGACAGUCCUUCUGGGGUGACCUCACCAGAGGAGGAGCGUAUCCCAGAAUCCCCUGCAGAUGUAAAAGUAAGUGCCCCCAGUAAGGUGACUCUGCUGGAGACACAGAGGCAGUACCGGACAGCUGCUCUGAGGGCAAAACAAGCCGGAGAUCUGGACCAGGCCAAAACACACAUGAAGAGCAGCAAGAGUUUUGAUGCUGCUCUCGCGGCGCUGGAGAGAGGAGAGAGUGUGGACAUCAGUAAACUUCCCCCUCCUCUGUCCCGAGGAACGGAAGAUUUUCCAAAACCUGCUAUAAAGAUCUCACAGUCCUCACCCAACAUGCAGGCUCACGAGGCGGCGGUGACUCCGCCCAGUUCGGCUCCGCCCAGCACGGCUCCGCCUGGCCCGGUUCCACCCAAAACCAUCCUGGAAGCUCUGGAGCAGAGGAUGGCUAAAUACAAAGAGACGUGCGAUCAGGCUAAAGCUAACGGCGAUGAACGCAAAGCCCGCAUGUACGAUCGUAUCGUCAAGCAAUACCAGAGCGCUGUCCGCUCACACAAAGCAGGACGAGCCGUUAAUUACGAGGAGCUGCCAGUACCACCAGGUUUUCCACCAAUCCCAGGACAGGAGGCGGUUAAACCCGAGCAGGGAUUGGCUGCUGCUCUGGAAUCAGCCAAUAAGCUCGCUUCUAACGAGGCAGAGGGUGGAGAUGACGAUGAGGAGGAAGAGGAACCCGAGAAAAAAAGUAAACAGCCCAAAGCUCCAGCAGCAGCAGCAGCUGUGGAGAAGCAGAAGAAGCAGACUAUGGUGGUUCCUCCAACAGGCCAGCAUCCGAAAAGAACUCCUUCACCUUCACCUGAGAGAAGCACCAAGAAAGAGAACCCAUCUUCCACGGUGACGGAGCAGGUGGAGAUGUUGGAGGCUCGGAGGAAGCAGUACAUGAAGGCAGCACUGCAGGCCAAGCAGAGGAACGACCUGGAGCAGGCCAAGGUUUAUUUACGCACAGCCAAGAGCCUGGAGCCGCUGAUCACUGCAGCACGCAGCGGCAAACAUCUCGACCUCAGCAAGGUCCCCUCCCCCCCUGCCGAUGAGGAUGAGGACUUCAUCGUGGUCCAUCACAGUGAGGUGGAGAUGUCCGAGAGAGCCGAGGAGGUUUACACUCAACUCAGCACCAUGCUGAAGGAGCAGUACGAGAAAUGUCUGACUUACUCCAAGCAGUUCAGUCACAUGGGGAACAUCACUGAAACCACCAAGUUUGAGAACAUGGCAGAGAGAUGUAAGAAGAGUCUGGAGAUCCUGAAGCUGGCUCAGAACCGAGGACUGGAUCCUCCCAAACACCACUUUGAGGAGAGAACAUACCGCACUGUCCGGAUAUUUCCGGAGCUCAGCAGCACUGACAUGGUGGUGAUGAUCGUAAAAGGAAUGAAUCUUCCUGCUCCUCACGGUGUCCAAGCGAGCGACCUGGACGCGUACGUCAGGUUCGAGUUCCCCUUCCCCAGCUCAGAUCAGCCUCAGAGACACAAAACUGCAGUGAUGAAAAACACCAACAGCCCCGAAUAUAACCAGAGCUUCACCUUGAACAUAAACCGUAACCACCGCGGCUUCAGGAGACUGAUUCAGUCCAAAGGCCUCAAACUGGAAGUGUUUCAUAAAGGUGGUUUCCUGAGGAGUGAUAAACCAGUAGGAACAGCUCACAUUAAACUGGACAAACUGGAGACUGAGAGUGAAGUGCGCGAGAUAGUGGAGGUGAUGGACGGCCGGAAGCCCACAGGAGGUCGUGUAGAGGUCAGGGUGCGUCUCAGAGAGCCUCUGAGCGGUCAGGACAUGCAGACGGUCACUGAGCGCUGGCUGGUGCUCGACCAAACACACUAGGUCUGAUCUUCACUCUGUCUGAUCUGCUGUCUGAUGUCACACACCGACACGCUGCUGUUCCUCGUCCUCUAGUUACAGAAUUUGGGAGAAAAAAACGUCACACUUUCACAGCAGAACCAGACAGAGGUCUAUUUCACACCAUCGGGAGAAAACACACACACACACACACACACACACACCUGUAUGGACUUUUCUGAAGGUGUGUGUGAAUCUGAAAUGCUGUUUGUGGCUGAGUGACCGCAUUAUGCACUAAUACCAAAGCGCUGGACGUAGCUGGAGCACAACGUGGUGCGAUUAUUUAUCCUGCUGUUUAAUAGCACAACACUGCGGCAACAUUAACGCUCAACUAAUUUAUCUAUGCAAAGUGUCCAUUCGCUCCAACGCCCACUCGCUUUUAUAAACUCCUUUGUACGUUAUAAAGUAAAUUCGCUGCACGGAGAGACACGGGUUUAUCCUCACCUCACACGCCAAAGCCAUAACCCACAGUCACGCUGAUCAUCUGGAAGCGUCCGGAUACGCAGAUUUAUCAGAGGAAAACGCUUUACAGCACCACAGAGCUGACGUUCAGUGUGGAAACUCUUCUUCUGGUGAUGUUUUUAACGCGUCUUCAUCCACUUCCACGAUUCCGAACCCUCAGUGUGCUCCAUCUAUCCCGAGACGGCGUUCUGUCGACCUCCGUGAAGGAAUAUCUGCUCAUUCUUCCUGUAGUCAUGGUAACAGUUGUGCAGGGUUAACGGUGCCACCUGCAGGGCUGGAGCUCUCACAUGCAAUGUCUUCACUACACUAAUACACUGAAGAGAUAAAACACACACACACACACACACACAUACAUACAUACAUAUGUAUGUAAAGUAAUAUAAAGUUAGACAGCUGACCGUGUUUUUGUUCCCACUAGCAAAGUUUAAACUGCUGCUCCAAUCGUAACUCGUAAUAAAUAACUCGUUUGCAUGAAACAGUGAAAACUGUUAGUUGUUGUUACACUAUCACAAUCCUGCAUAGAAAUUGUGUGUGUGUGUGUGUGUGUGUGUGUGUGUGUGUGUGUGUGUGUGUGUGUGUGUGAGAGAGCGAGAGCGCAGAGGCUUGGAUAAGGAAAUCAGGGGUCUGUGUUUUGUUGUUGCAGAUCCUCUCAUCGUCUGUCUCUAACGUUUUGAAUCUUAAAAAUAUUUUUCGGAAUAUUCGGUUCUUGAUCUUCCUGGAAGUGGACGAGGGCGUGUUCUGACCAUCAGCAUGAGACUCCUGCACACUCUUCAGCUCAUAUUCUUGCACUUUGUGGAUGUUUUUGGGGGAUGUGAUGCUUCUUUAGCCACGUUUACACGUCAUGUGCUGCUGAGCAACCACACAUGUUCCUGCUGUUAUUAUUAGCGUGGAGGUUUUCUCGUUAGAUAGAACACUGACCCGGUCUUGCCCAGCUAAGUGGUUGCCAUGGCAAUAAACUCACUGAUGAGCGUGCGCUUAUCCGGUUCUAUAAUAACCACAAAAUAUCACAAUAUUUAACACAAAGCGUUCUCAAAAGCUCUUCGAAUCACAAGAGGGAGGAGAAAAUGUUCACUUUUAGGAGAAAGCAAACUGUUACAAUAAAAGCGUCCUCCGAGCAGCAGUGCAGGUCGCCAUGGUAACGUUAUAAACCAUGAGAAAACGCUACACAGACAUCACCCAGACCGAACUGAGAGGCUGGAGCUGCAAACUGUUCUCAAAUGUAAUAUUAAUAAUAAUAAUAAUAAUAAUAGCUUUAUUCAUUUAUGCUCUAGUCUGUAGGUCCACAGAGUUUCAGAGUUUGAAGAAUUAAAAGAUGUCUUUUCGUCUGAAAUGAGGUAAAAAAAAAUGUAGCUGUUAAAGGUGUCAUUUAAAAUCUUUUUCUUCUUCCAUAAAUCCACAAUUAAAUGUUCAUUUAUAUUUCAUUCAUCUCUGUUAUCUGCUCUGCCUUUCACUCACAGGGGGUGGGGUCUAUUUGAUGGGAGAUUAUAUUUGUGGGCGGAGUCUAUUUGGGGGAAAGUCUGUUUGGGGGCGGUGUCUAUUUGGGGGCGGAGUCUAUCUGGUGGGAGAGUCUAUUUGGAGAGGGAGUCUAUUUGGGGGAGAGUAUUUGAAGGUGGAGCCUAUAUGGGGCGGAGUCAUAGCAGUCAAUGCUGAGGUGUAGAAAGAGGUGAGUGUUGAGUUCCACAGUAAACACUGUGUGUUGUUUUUGUGUCCUUCAUCUCGUAACUUCGGAGCAAAACUAAAGAGCAGUUUUUUGCGAUGAAGGCGGACAUUUUGGACAUUUUUCUUUCUUUAAAUUCAGGAAUUCAUUUCACUCUUUUAUUGUUGCUCCAUUUCAGCAUUGUAGUGAAAUCUCUCAGCUGGCUUUUUUUGUUGUUUUUGUUGCUUAGAUGCAAAUGUGCCAAUAAUCACUGCAGUGUGUCGCAAUAAUCUGGCAGACUCUCACGCCUUCAGUCAGCACCAGGACGUCUGAGUAGGGAGUGAGGGAGAAGGAGACCUGAACCAUCCCUUAAUUUCACCUCACAUUUCCGUCUUGGGGAAAACAAUCCCAUGAUUCAAUUCAAUACAGGAAGUAAAAACAGACACAUGAUUAGAGCUUUCACACACACACACACACCGAGCUGGAAUGAAAGAAGUGUGUGUGUGUGGAAGAUGAUCAUCUGCUUCUCUGAAAGCUUCAUGGCUGAAGCUGAAAGUUGGAUUUUUUUCAGAUUGUUGUAGAAAGAUUGUAAUUUAAACUUCUUUUCUCAUUAAAGAUUUUAAAUCCA